CAAUUCUCCAUGAGCUCCGUUCUUGUAGAGACGCUUUUAUCUUGGUUAGGUUUAUUUGAGGAUCCAGAUGUAGUUUACACACAGAUGUACAUUGACAAAAGUUAACUGAAUUCAUGUGCUCUGCACCUUUUAUGCACACACAUAGAUAAGGUGUAUAAUACGUGAUAGAAAUUGCUUAGGAUGGGUAAAUUUACUACAGUGUAUUUCACCCAUCUGCCAGUUGAACCAGUUCGUUCAUCGACUUUCCAUUAAUUUCCACAUAGAUAAUGUCAUUGCAUUCAUUACUUUUCGUGAACAUUCAUGUGACUUGAAAUGAAUAUGUUCAUCUAAUAAUAAUAUUUCAAAAGUGUUAACGAAAUAAUACUAGUUUAGAUUGUACAUCAAGCAAUUUACUUGUGAAUAUUAAAUACUUUUGUUUACUAGGACAUUUAGAAAGGAUAUCAUUUUUUCAAAUGAUCUAUUAUUAGUUCAUUUGUAUUUAUAAUCUAAAAUUGAACAGUAUAAACAAUUUAACGAGUGUCAUGCGUGACAAAUAAUUACAUUUGUUAAUUAUAAAAAUCUAAUAUUCCGAUGGAGCGCGUUUUCAAAGCUGUUCCAGCGGAUUUGAGAGCCAAAAUGGAGGCACUAGUCCACGAUUUGACAUUAGCACUAGAAGAAAGUAGAAAUUCUUCUAAUGUCAGACGUCGAUGGGGUCUUAGGCGGAGAGCUCGAUCCACGGGCAAUAUUCGUAAGUCAUCUUUAAAUACUAAUAAACAUUCUGACGAUAGUUCUUCAUCUAUUUGCGAUAUUCGUAUUCCAAAAACUACUUCUGCUUCUAAAUAUCAAUCAGAUAGCGAUGACACUAAUAAAACUAAAAGAUUUGCUCGAUUUUCUAAUCUUCAUAAUAUCAGUAAUAUUGAAAGUGACUCAGUCAAUGAGAAUUUUGUUCCCCGAAUCAAUACAAAACGUAAGAGGAAAUUUAAAAGAAUGGCUAUUGAUUCGGAUUCAAAUCCAUCAACAUCUCAAGCAAUAACAUUGAUAACAAAUUCAGUUGGUAAGAAAAAAAGACUCUAUAGAAAUAAUAGUGAGAAUAGAUAUGGGUCUAUAUGGUGUGGAAAACGUAAAAGAUCUUGUCGUGAAAGAUCAAUUGAUUGUGAAAUGCAUUCUCCAAAACCAAGAAAUUCUAAAUCAAAAAAUCGAAAUAAAAUUCAAAGUGAAGAUGCAAUGGAUUGUUCAAGAAUAUCUAGUUCAAGCAUAUCAUCCAGUGAUUCAGAGACUGGAAUUAUUACAAAUGAUGAAGACAGAGAAGGUGAUGAUGAACAAUCAGAUUGGUUUGGCGAAUCAAGUUGGUGGGAUGAUGAUACUACAAGUGAAGAUAAAGUAGCUUCUAAUCCAGCAUUUCAAGCAAUAUUUCAUGGUAGUUUAGAACAUUUGACUGAUGACGCAAAAAGAAAUUAUAGACAAAGAAUUCAAUGGAUCAGGGAUGGUUUAAAUGGGCGAGAAAUUCGUGCUGGGCGUCGUCACGUUGAUAAUAAACCUGGAUAUUCAAUUAUAACAUCAGCUAAUGAAAAAGUAUCAAGAUUUCUUCAAGAUCCUUCACAAAGUGAAUUGAAAUUACAUCCGAUGCAUCAACCGGAACGCGAAAAAUUGCGCAGAUUAGCGAAUCUUUAUAGCCUUAAUUUAAAAGGUGAUUUAAAUUGUCCGAUUUUAUAUAAAACCCGGCAAACAACUCAAGCAAUCUGUGUUGAUCAAGUAUCAUUUAAAAGAUUUGCUGACUAUAAAAGACUUCGAAGAACACCUCCACAUUCAACCAGUUUUGAAUUUAUUCCCAAUCAAGAAGUACAAGCGACAAAUGAAGCUAUUGGAGCAGAACUAAUUCCGCAAACUGAAAUACCAGCUAUUGGAUCAGUAAAAAAUAUCCCAGAGUCUUCGGGUAUUGAUAUAGAAAAGACAAAGAUGGAGUUUGAAACUCAACUGCCGAAAUUUUAUAAUAUAACCCAUUCAAAAUCGAAUUAAUUUUUUUUUCUGGCAUUUGAGUAAUGUCAUAAACUUCUUUAAAGGUGAAACGAUAUUUAUUGUGUAUUCUUUUAUAAUACAAGUCAUUAAGUCAUCUUGAUAAUUAAUUGUGUGGUAAAAUUAAAUACAUUUCUCUUGAUUCAUGCUGUAAAAAAUGUAAAUUA